GGAUGGACCAAAGCUGCCGACAUUGACGGAAGCAGGCAUCAACAAGAUUAAAAUCUGCUUCCCAGGAAACACCGGGUUACUCACGAGCGCAUUCCACCCUCUCUACCCAGUACAAGACAACGUAGGCACGCGGUGCACUUCGUGGGCUGUGCAAUGGACCAAUCCGGGCCGUUGUACACCAGCAUGUAUCCGCCUGGACCAAUCACAGACGCCCAGGUUGCUCAUGCGCGGCUGAGCAAAACGAACCCGGGCCGGCCGUUGAACAGGACGCAGUCGGCGCCGUUGCCGUUGAAGCACCCGGGGUUGCAGGGAGCCCAGGCAGCACCGCCGGGUUUCCCUUACCCGAACCUCCCACCGGGUUUCCCCGCCCACUUGGCCCACUCGGCGUUUCAGCAAUACGAUCAACAGGCCUACGUGAGGGACCCGCGUCACCCCAUGCAUGUCGACCCGCACAACCUCAUGAAGCAGCAAUUGCGUGCAACGGUUCUGACUCGUGCCGGAAGCAAGAAUCACGUGGAGAAUGUGGAAGAGGAAACUGAGGCAGCCGUUGCCCAGGAAAUGGGGGCAUCAGCAUCUGAACCAGAGGUAAUUGAUCUCACUGGCGGUAGGAGCAGAGCUGCGUCUUACCGCGAGUCCUGCGGACGUAGCGAAUCUUCGUCGCGCGAAUCUGAUGGCAGUGAUGAGCAGCAACAGCAGCAGCAGCAGCGACUGACCAGCGCCAAGUCGGAUCUCGAGCGCCAAUUAUUGGCACGACGCGCGGCGGCUGCUGCGGCCGCCGCCGCCGCCGUCCACCAACACCAGCAACAACAACAGCAGCAGCACCUCCACCACCACCAACACCAACUCCACCACCAGCAGGCGGCCCACGUGCACAAUGUUUCUGAUCUCAGCUCGGGCUCUCCUUAUGCCGCUGGUGGACCCCCGGAAGGGUUCGUUGGAGCAGCAGCAGGGGCGCCGCUGUCGGCACUGCGGAGCCACCACGUGAUCCGGCCGCUGUCGCGUGCCUUGUCUAGUCCCCUGGUGAUGGUGGGCGGCGCGGGCGCGGACCCGCGGGCCACACUCAGCGGCAGCAGCAGCCCCGUGCUCCGCUCCCGGGCCGGGCUCCCGCACGUCACGGCGCUCGCCUACGACUCGCUCAUGCUCAAGCAGGUCACGUCGACGCCGCUGUUGAGGAGCGUGGGCCUCGUGUCGCCGGCGGAGGAAACUGGUCUGGUGAGCAGAUGCGAGAGGAUACAACCAAGAAAGGCAACUUUGGAAGAGAUACAAAUUUGCCACGCGGAGUCCCACACGCUUUUAUUCGGAGCUAGCCCCAUGAAUCAUCACAAUAUCGACUGGAACCGACGAGUUGUUGCUUUACCUUGUGGGGGACUCGGAGUAGAUUCAGACACAACUUGGGAUCGAUUGCACACUGCGUCUGCAGCGAGAAUGGCCGUUGGGUGUGUUCUUGAGCUCGCAUUCAAAGUUGCACAUGGAGAGGCCUCGAAUGGAUUCGCGGUUGUUCGUCCGCCUGGACAUCAUGCCGAGCAUGGCGAGCCGAUGGGCUUCUGUUUCUUCAAUAACGUCGCGAUUGCUGCCAAGCAUUUACGGUGCCAAUUAGGACUGGAGAAGAUCCUGAUUAUUGAUUGGGAUGUGCAUCACGGAAAUGGCACGCAAAAGAUGUUUUAUGACGACUGCCACGUUCUGUAUUUGUCUAUUCAUCGUCACGAUGUCGGUAACUUUUUCCCUGGCACCGGUGGUUCCACGCAGUGCGGAGCUGAUGAUGGGAUGGGCUUCACCGUGAAUGUUGCCUGGAGUGGAAGUCUGAACCCGCCGAUGGGUGAUGCCGAGUACUUGGCUGCUUUCCGGACUGUUGUCAUUCCGAUCGCACAGGAUUUCCACCCGGACAUGAUAUUGGUCUCCUGCGGAUUCGACGCUGCUCGUGGACAUCCGGCUCAACUCGGUGGUUACAAUGUUUCUCCGGCGUGUUUUGCGCACAUGACUCGUGCUCUGAUGCAACUCGCCCACGGCAAGGUGGUUCUGGCACUGGAGGGAGGCUACAGUCUACCGGCCAUUUGUGAUUGCUCCGCGGAAUGCGUCAGGUCGCUACUGGGCGACAAAUUGCCGCCGAUCGACGACGCGGAAUUGACAAGGAAGCCUUGUCAGGAAGCCAUCGACGCUCUGAUGAGCACGAUUGCGAUUCAGACACCGCAUUGGCCAGUGAUCCGGAAAUGGUUGCCCCUGGUGAACAUGUCUGCCGUGGAAGCGGCCAAGCACUUGCUGCCCGGGGCGAGUAUCGGCGUGGACCGCGGCAGCGACGGCCCGUUUGCGAGUCUGCCGAGUAUCCCGGGCCACGUGACGAGCAAACGAUCUCUGUUUGGGCGGAAAUCGGAUUCUACCGAGGAAUCUGAGACCGUCAACGCCAUGGCGAGUCUCUCCGUCCAACACCCGCAUAUGUCACCAACCAACGGGUCUUUGCGCCGUGUCGCUUCUGCACUAGCAAGGCAAGGAGAUUCUCUGGAUAGCAAAGCAGAUCCAGUGGACGAGCCUAUGGAUGAAGACCCCGUGAAAUGAUCACCUCUUCCGUUGGAGAGACGAACUUUUGAAAAUACAUACGUGUACAACCCCGCGGGACAGAGGAAAACAUGGAUCGGAACCAAGAUGGUUCUUUGGGAUUGUUCAGCGUAGAAAAGACAGCCAUCAUGUUUGGUGUGUCUCAGGGCAUCUGAAUGUUCGUUUGUACUAUAAAUUACAAUCGGAGGCAGUCAGUGUCGCGGAUAUACGUGGUGUAUCUGGGUGUUCAACUCGAAACCUGUGUCGUUUCUUGAGGCUUUCCAUGUCAACAACCGUACACUCUUUUUCUUCUUUUUGAAAUCGUGACUUCCGCCGAACCGUGACAAAAUAUGUUUUUGUUUCCGUUCUGGCAAGUAUGGCGGAAACCAAGCAAACCGUUUCAGGUAAAAUGAGGAAUAUUUAUUUCUGCAUCGUGACGUACGAUUUUCAUGGAAGAGAUUUUUCCAAUGAGAGAUUCUCAGUGUUUGUUUCUUCUUAUUGGUGUGAGUUCAACGGCGCAAAUCUUUUUUCUUUUAUCCGAUCUUAGCUGGGAAAAUUGUAUCGACUGUUUCUAUGUGCAGUAGCUAUCAAUGGUGCUUACGUUUUGCAAAUGGAUUCAGCUCAAUGCAAGACUUUGAUACCACGAGUUUGAUGGUAGAAAACUCUAGGUGAACAUUGCUGUAAUUAUACUUCAGCAUUUGACCUCUCCUUUGCGUGUACAACUGGGUGUCUACCUUUCUUGCGAUACUUGAUGAAUCAGGAAAAAAAAGGGAGGGAGGGCAAAGAGAGAAGACUUUAGAUACCAUUCAAAGCUGUGCAAAACGCACGUGAAGAGAUGGGAUAAGAGUUCAAGACGUUAAAACAUUCCGGUGAAAAGUGUGAUGACGUGUUCGGAUUCUAGGUUGAUUCACGUCACAACUUCCAAAACCCCCGCUCAGCUGAAAGUUACCCAUUGUGUUCGAAUGAAAUUCUGUGGGGAAUUAUGUUUUGUUUGCUUACUUUCACCUUGAAUAAUGUGAGGGUUGCAUUUUUAUUUUGUGUUUUGGAGAACACGGGAUCUAAUGGGACUUCGGUUAGCUUCAUGUUCAGUUUUUUUGGUUAAUUGAUGAAGCCACUAUACUUGAUGUUUUUAUUGUUGAAGCAAUUUGCGGAACCGGAUGAUGCUGGAUCAGAAAAAGGGGACUUUUGAUGCAACCUGGAAAGAAAUACAUUGGUGGUGGUUCUGUUGAAA